AUGCUUGAAAUGAUGGAUAGUAUAUUGAAGCCUUUUGCACAAGCAACCAAUCUUAUCAGCGGUAGUCAAUAUCCUACAAUUGGUCUUGAUGGCUAUGACAUGAAUUUGUUUAUCCGUUUAAAACCGUUAUUAUUACAACAGAUCGACAAAUAUUUCAUUGGAAAAGAUGAGCCAUGGGAUAUUAUGAAAAAUUAUGCUUACCUUGAUCCUCUUGGUUAUGGGUGUUUAUCAAGGCGAGAAAGACGAGCAGUUGAAGUUAAUAUUAUAGAUAUGCAGCAACCACAUGCUUGUCAAGAAAUUGACGAAGAAUAA